AUGGAGCUUCGAAGUAGGAGAUUUUCAGAAAAGGAUGUUGAACUGAUAAACCCGUCUAUCGAUGAACGAGAUGAACACCAUAAUUCUAAUGAGAUGCAAAAUUUGAAUGAUUCAGACCCUUCACACGAAAUGAUAGGAACUCAUGAAUUUUAUCUUGAUCAAAACGAGAUCCGCGACUCCUCAACCCCCCGCGAAGCAUCUGUGGAAGUGCCACAAGAAAAAGGUGGAUGGGUUGCUAGAAAUAUCAAUUUUGGUCUGCGAAAUCAUGCAAAGAGCCCACCAACUGACAACCAAAAUCGAUCAAAAAUCGCAAACUUUAGACCGAAAACCAAUUUUCCAAUUUCAAAACUUUUCCACCCCAUUAGGCGUGCUACUUCGGAUUCUGAUAGCAGCGACGACGAUCCGACGAAAAGGAGAACUGCAUUACCUAGCAACGGACCGAAGUUGCCGAAAAGGUUGGAGAACAAUAGAGAGGAUCGGUCUUCUACAAUAAUAGAAGGAAACGAAUCCUCUACAGAUAUUGCAACUAUUGACAGUGAUUUUGGGGUUCCAGUGGACUCCAAGGGUCAAGUGCUAAACAAUCUGUAUAAUCUGUCUUUUGCGUCUAAUACAAAAAACUACUCGAAUUCCAAGCACAAAUUUAAACACAACUCAAAAUCCAAAUCCAAAUCCAAUUCCAAUUCUAAAUCUAAAACCAAAUCGACUGUGAAUGACACUGAUAAUUACAAUACAACAUAUGACGAAUCAUUUCAAUCUGAUGAACAGGAAACCGAUACAGAGGAAGAAUUAGAAGAAGAGGCCGAUGACGACGACGACGAAGAUGAAUAUCAAGAAGGCGCAGACGAUGAUGAUGAGGAAGAUGAGUACUCUAACGACCUGGAAUUUACGGACUUGGAUCAAGACUCGCUUUUAGAUUCGACCCUUAUGUCCGAGACAUUUAAUUCUGGAGCAGAAGAAGUCACAACGUCAGGUAAUGAACCAAUAUUAAACUAUGGAAACCAGAGAGGGGAUCAAAAACCACGUUCAAAUACUAUAGGCGACAAUACAGUACCGCGCAACUAUGACACCAAUUUCUUGGAGAGUCAAACCUCUUCUGCUGAGUUGACUUCCUUCCGCAACAGAGCAUUUACGAAUUUGUCCAUGACACCUGCACCAACAUUGACUUUUACCAAACGCGAUCCAAAGCAAAUGACUGCCGCAGCUACAACAGCAACAACAACAACAACAACAACAGCAGCAGCAGCAGCUUCCCCAACCUCUGUGUUAUCUUCGUUGCCAUCAAAUAAAGUUUCAAAAUUGAGUUUGGUAUUCAAUUCGAAGCUCAAAUCUCCAAAUACCAAUCCACUUCAGUUUUAUGGAUUUGUUGGACGAGUCGACACAGCUACACAGUCAUCUGCAACAGUUAAUGUGUUUGUCCCACCAAGGACAGCUCCCGUGAUUCGUGAUCUCAAACUCAACAGUCUGGCUUCCAUUUCUGACUGCAUAGGCUUUAUAUUGUACACAUUAUUUGCCGGAUUAAACAUAAAGGAUGUCAAGGACUUUACUAAUUUGGACCCAAACACGUGGCGACUAGAACUCGUGGAUGAGGAUGGUGAUACUUACGGAGCUUUUGGAAUUUUAGAUAGAGGAAGGGCUUUUUCUUCUUACAACUGCCCAAGAGAUAUUGCUCUUUGUAAAGUUGAAAAUCCAGCCGAAGUGCGCAAGAAUGAAAGGGAUACACCAAUAUUGCCGGAAGUGAAGGAUGCCAUAGAGCAGGCUAAAAAUACUGAACAAACUUUGCAAGAUGGUGAACGUCCAGCCGUAGCGCUGAGGGCAACACUGCAUCUGGGUAUGAAACAUGGCGCGGGUUUGGGUCUGGAUCUGGGUCUAGGCCAGAGUAGUAUUCCAGAGGAAAAGUUUCUGAUUAUGGUAUAUGAGUAUGAUAGUAGUGGAAUUCCGGAAAAAGUUGCGUUCUCGGCUCCAAGGGUAUAUAAUAUGGGACAAGUGUUGAAAGAGUUUUGUUCGAGCAGGGGGCUAAUCACAGCAAAGUAUAGAUUUAAGGUGCAAACUCAGCACGUUUCGCAAACCCGUUUUGUAAAGGAUGUUGAAAUGUGUGGUGAUCUUCCACUGAGGGAACUAGUGUUGGUUCCUUCUGAUUUUAGUCUCGUAACCGGCAAUUCCUUAUUUAAUAACAGUGCUGGCAAGGCAACCUCGAAUAUAACACCUGCUGAGCUCACAUUACCCCGUAUCACACCAACAAAUGAUCAAUUGGGAAGAAAAGAUGAGAUUGAAGACAACGCAAUGUUAACCCAUGAUGUGAGUGCGAUUUCCAAGAGGCCAGUUCGUGAGGGGACUAACUCUUCUGUUAUUAAAGGUAAUUCGGCCAAUACAAACAAGUACUUGGAAGAGCUUAUUUCUGGAUUCAACCCGCAGUUGCCAAUUAAUACCAACUCCAUAUAUUUCAAAUGGACGGUAACAAAGACGAAUAGCAAGAUGAAGAAAAUGAAGUUGAAAACGUAUAAUCAAAGAAUGUUUAUAAUUGACGGUGACUAUAUACAUUUGACUCCACCUGACUAUUUAAAUAGCGGAACUGAACCAGGAGGUGGUCUCGGCCAGCAUCACAACUUUAACCACCAUAAUCUCAAUCACCAAUAUAUAAGGAGUGCACGUAAGCAGCUGUUGAAAACAUAUUCUUUCCAUAUAACUCAAGUGUUGAGACUGAAACAGUAUUCAAAAUCACCUGAUCAUUUUCGAAUCCUCGUGCAGAAACAACAGUUUGAUAAUGGCACUGCAAUUUUAUCGAAAGAAAUGAUGAAGAAAUUCUACUUGAUUGCACAAUCAGAAUCUGAAUGUUGUGAGAUUAUAAGUAAACUCAAGUGGGUGCUUCAAGUUUACAAGCUGUCAACCUCGGAGAUUUAA